AUGGGGAGCCAUCUUGAUACUCAACCCCGCGGUGGCAGAUACGACGGUAUUCUGGGCGUUCUGGCCGCUGUAGAAGUGAUGAGAACACUAAAGGACAACAACUUUAGCACGCAAUUCGAUGUUGGCAUCGUCAAUUGGACCAACGAGGAAGGCGCUCGUUUCCCGAGAUCAAUGAUGUCUUCCGGCGUCUGGGCAGGUGAAAUCCCGCGGGAAAAGGCCUGGGACUUGGGCGACAUCUUCGACCCCUCUGUGACCGUCAAGUCUGAGCUGGAGCGACACGGCUACAUCGGUCCCCUCACCUGUUCAAGCGACGCAUCAACAGGUUACCCUCUGGGCGCGCACUUUGAGUUGCACAUCGAGCAGGGCCCCAUCCUCGAGGAGAACGGCAGGAAGAUCGGCGUCGUGCAGGGCGCGCAGGCGUAUCGCUGGUUCACCUUCACCAUCACGGGCCGCGACGCACACACAGGCACCACGCCGUUGAAGUCCCGCAGAGACCCGUUACUCGCGGCAUCAAAGAUGAUUACUUCCUCCAACGCCAUCGCAAAGGAGCUCGGGGCGCUGGCAUCGACAGGUGUUCUCAAAAUCCCGCCCAGCUCGUCGACCAACACCAUCGUCUCGAAGGUUACCUUCACCCUUGAUAUUCGUCAUCCUGAAGACGCAGUCGUGGGGGAGGUGCAGAGGCGAUGCAUCGAGUCGUUUGAGAAGAUCGCCGUGGAUGAUGGACGCGGGGUCGAGAUGCAGUGGACGCUCGAUACCGAUUCGCCCGCAGUCAAGUUUGACAAGGACUGCAUCCAGGCCGUGGAGAGUGCAGCGAUUGGUCUUUUUGGGCCGGACGGCUGGCUGCCAUUGACGAGCGGCGCGGGUCAUGACAGCGUUUACACAAGCAAGCGGUGCCCGACGACGAUGAUUUUCGUCCCUUGCAAGGACGGUGUGAGCCAUCACCCUGAGGAGUAUUGCAGUCCGGAAGAUUGGUCAGUGGAUGCGCCCUUCGGAUCGUGA